UUGUUACAGAGGUUGCUAUUCCCCCUCAGUGGCAGAUCUAGAGGGGGUUGUUACAGAGGUUGCUAUUCUCCCUCAGUGGCAGAUCUAGAGGGGGUUAUUACAGAGGUUGCUAUUCCCCCUCAGUGGCAGAUCUAGAGGGGGUUAUUACAGGGACUGAAAUUACAGGGGCUGAAAUCCCGCCUCUCUUUAGUUGAAUAUUUUUAUUCCCCCCACUCCCACCCCCACCCCACUUGAAAAAUAGAACGCAUAUUGUUUUGCGUCUUUUGGUCUAUAGACCAAGUCUUAUCCACUUCAUAUCUAAAGAACCAUUUGCUUGAUAGUUACCAAACUUUGUACAGUGGUUGCCCUUACAAAGUAGAUGACCCCAAUGGAUUUUGAGGCCACAAGGUCAAGGAUCAGACUAGACAUAGGAAAAUACUGUCCACUCAGUAUCUUCUUGAGAACCUUUUGCUUGACAGACAUCAAAUUUGGUACACCGGUGCAUCCUAAGGAGUAGAUGAGCCAUAUUGAUUUUAAGGUCACAAGUACUCUAGAUAUAAGAUAUUUUUCAUUUGAUAUCUUUUGAACCUUUGAUGGCAGACAUCAAGCUUGGUACACUGGUACCCCCCUAAAGAUUACAUGACCCACAUUAAUUUUUAAGUUACAGGGUCAUAGGUCAUGACUCAAAUGGUUAUUUGGAAAUGUCUGCUCAGUAUAUUGAGAGAUCAAACUUAGGAAUUUGGUUGCCCCUGACUAGUAGAUAACCCUUCUUUUUCACUAUCAUUGCAGGCAUUCAAAUUUAGAAUUAUUGCCACAUGGGGGAAGGGGGGUAUAUGUUUCUAAAACAUUUUUAUGGAGUCUUCAUCCCCCUCACUUAUUUAGGUGGAAAAGGUACAAACCUUGGUUGCAACCCUCCACCCCCUUUGAAAAUUUUCUGGAUCUGCCCCUGAAAGAAAUUGUGAAGUGUGAAUGAAUUUAAACAUUGGUUUCUAAGUCAUCCUGUGUUUUCAAUGUAAAGUAGGGCUACAUUAUUUCAGUAACACUGGGCAGUGGAAUGCCUGGUGUAACUCCAGAAGAACAGAUGUCCAGUGUAUUACUAAUUAUUCUUAAAUGUUGGUAAUUAUCAGAGCAGCAGGGAUAUAUGAUCAUUAGGUUCUCUUUAUCUGUGCCUGCACUACUGACCACACUCCAGUGUUGGGGGUGCAGCAGAAUUCCCCCGAGUGUGAUGUAUCUAGUUGACACUUUGAUGUGAAAGUUUCCUUCAGUUCAAAUUAUAACUAGCUGUGGCGAAGUGUAAGGAUAAAAAUCUCCCCUCCCAUUUCUUAAAACAGGAGUAUAAUUUGCCUGGUUUUAAUAUGAAUUGUAAUCUGGUCAUAACAAAUACCCAUGGCCCCUAUUUAGGGCUGCAAUAAGGUCCAUUGUUGUACCUAUCAAUUUGUAGGUAAAAGAUAAGUCUUUAAGAUUGUGAGACUGAUUUGUAUUAUGGAUAUGCAAUCAUCUUCUUACAUUGUAGAUUGAAGGUUAAUGAAACCAUGACCCUCAAGGUCAAAAUGGUAAUCACAAGCAGUUUUUACAAGAAUAAUCUUUGAAAACUUCUUCUCAAGAGCAACAUGGCUACAAUGCUGUAGUAUCCCUCUGCAGAUAUGGCCAGAUGAUGGCUUUAGGUCACUGUGGGAUCACAAUGCCUAAUAAAUUAAUUUUUCAGUGAGAGCAAGGUAACUCAUUUGAAUGUAGUAGCUUAUGAUCCUAAUGUGGACAAUUUAUCUUUAAAAUUCUCCUUGCAAAGCAUAUAGCAAUGUAGUUGCAGAUUGCUAAUAAAAAGUUUUCAGGGUCAUGAUUUCUGAAAAGUAUCAGACUGUUUAGUAGGCAAUUUUUACGUCUUUUCAAACCCUUUGUAAUUUUUUUAUAGCGUAUACCUUUAUUAACAUUUGUAUUCAGUUACCAUUCACACGAGUAACAUAUUGGAAUACAUGUAUCAAUAUUGGUAUCCAGUUAUUCUUUACAUAGGCAAUAUAUUGGAAUAAUGCAUUAUUGAUAUACAUACCAUUGACAUAGGCUCUAUGUUGGAAUAUUGGAAUGAUACAUGUACUAAUGUAUUAUUGGUAUCCAGUUACAAUAUCAAUGGUCACGAUAGCCUUGUGGCGAGGGUGCUUGAUUUACAACAGAGAGGUCUUGAAUUCAAUUCUUGAUUUCAGUGCCACAUCAAACCUAAGACAUUUUAAUAUAUGUAAUGACGGGUUCUUUGGCAAGCGCCCGACAUCAGAGGCACAAGUCGUGGAUCUUUUGGGUUAUGCGACCUUAAAAACUGAGGUCCCGUGUCACAGAAGGCAUUGACACAAUAAAGAACCUAUACUGCUAUAACCUUAAGUGCCAUGCAUAAGUCAAAGUUUGUGGCAUUUCAUCUACAGCUGGUGACACGUCUCAGUGUGAUUAAAAAAUGAUUGAAUAGAACAUAAAUGUACAUGUACUUUAUAAGCAAGCAAACAGCAGGACUGUGUAGUACCAAGCACAACAGUACAAUACAUUAGAGUAAUUUGCAAUAGAAAGUAUAGAACAAUUCAUUUUAUUUCCAAUAUUAUGAUAAAUUUAUAUAUCCUUUUUUAAUGGUAUACUAACAAUUUCAUGUUCAAUGUUCAAAUUUCUUAGAAUUUUGUUUUUGAGUUAUAUGUGGGUUUUUAAAAGAGGUCUGAAUAAACUGGUCUUAUUUUUCAAUCGAAAUUUUUAGUUUUCAUUGUAUCAGACCUAUGUUCGGAUGUGAAUCAAAAUUCAGCUUUGAUGAAAGAUAAGGAUGAACGUCUAGUCUUGGCUGUGCUUUUGAACUGACAAACAGUUUCUGGCUGUUUUCUUACUUCCUGAAGUACUUUAAAGUAGCAAAAUUCACAACCUGUGCUUUUUCCUGUGUAGCUGACUGACUUUACGAGACAAACAAAAGUAAACAAGUCCAGAGACUAAAUACUGAGAAUAUCACUUCAAUUCAUCGUAAUCUUAUGAUGAAGUAGCAUAUAAAUAUAAUUUAGGAAAAUAUCAAAACACUAGUUCUGAUGAAUUUGGUUUUAUUUGAGAAAUUGUGUAUGACUUCCCUCUUCCUGUCAUAAGUUCAAACUCUACUUGACAUGCAUAGUGUGCAAAACUAUGGUUUUCUUUGUUCAAGGUUAAAUGACAGUUUUAUAUGGUGUUAAAAAUUGUGAAUAUUGGAUUUCCAUUGAUAUUGUGAAUUAAUUGGCUGCACUUGUAAAUGGAGCAGUUGGCCUCAUUAACAUGAGCAUAAAUUGGUGAUUGAUCUCACAUGCGACACUUUGUGGGUUUAUUUUUUUGGGUGUGAACUGUUUCACCUGCUCUUUCUUCUCGUGAGGUGAUACAGUCGUGUACAAAGGAAGGAACUGCAGCAGCAGCAGAAGACAUUUUCUUUUUGCCCCAGAGAGGAAUCUUCUGCUAAGUGAGCCUCUCCACUGACUGAUCAUCUGUAUAUAUGUAUUGGAUCCAGAGAUGGUUUGGGUUAACACAGCAUCCCACUCACCCAGAUGCUAAGCAGUUUGAUUGACUGAAUAAUAUUGAGUGAAUCACACACAUGUCGGAUGGCUGUAGGAUAACGUAUUUUUUUUUAUAUCUCUGACCCGUGAAAACUGUGAUUGACUUGUGAACUGGAAUUUUAGAAUUUUACAUGGAUUCUUUUUUAACCGAGUCUGUGUUGUUAGUGGUUUUAUGAUUCCUGGGAGAAUUUAGGUGUUUGGUGCAAUAUUGGUUUUGUGUACUUGAGUGAAAGAGAACCACUUGUGUUCAUGUUAAUGGAUAUGGGCUUUUUACCUUAAUUUCUGAUGUUAGUAAACAGUGGUUAAACUGGCAGUACAAGAUUUAGGAUGGGAAAAAGCAGUACUCUAGGCAAAAAGAAAAAGCUCAAGGCUGAAACUCCUGUACAGGAUGUGGAUAAACUGCAGGCUGAGGUGGAGAAGGUGUUCCGCUCACUAGCAUAUAUCAAAGCGGUGGUGGACUACCAGAAGCCCCAGGUCAUCCCCAACACAGCCACGGUCAUCCUCGAGAAUGUUAUGGAUGUCUUCACACUCCUCAACAACUUCUUUAUUGCACAAGACAGUUCUGUGCUGGUGUCUCGACAGAGUAAAGUAUGUCAAUGCUUGGCCUGCUUCAUUCAGUGGGCGGACGACAUUUUAUUACACGGAGACAAGGAGUUAAAUAAAUCCACGGCUCACGAUGUCAUCUCAGCUCUGUCUACUGGUGUUCAGGAACUUAAGGAGGUGGGCGUUUCCAAACUGGAGGACAGGAAGACGGAUGUGGCCAAACAGCUGUCCCCGGAGUCCUUUAAAAACCAUACAGAAUGUAAACGAGCCUCACUCCCAGAUCUUCCCCUGACACCGAGAGAGAAGGAGAUCCUGGACAAGACGGGAGAGAUUGGCACGUAUGAUAACCCAAAUUUCCCCGCCUCUCGCUCUCAGGACAGUAUAUGUAGCUUACGGAGGGACCCUCCAGACCUUGGAGAGUUGCCUCCCCCACCGAAACCGCCUCUGCCAAAGGAUCCUGAAGUUGUCCGCAGAUUUGUGUCACAACGUUCACAACAAGGUCAUUUAGAUGGUCCUCCUCCACUUCCCGAGAAAGAAAACAGACAGUCUCUGACUGAUUCCCUUCAUCGUCUGGGAAGCGUGUCUGAUAUGUGUCAGAGUCCAUCAUCCAGGAACAGUGUUACCACAUCCAGUCUGACCUCCAGCCCAAGCCAAUCUCCACAUAACAGUAUGGUCUUCUCCGGCCACUCCCCACACAACAGUCUCCUAGUAACAGGCUUCUCUCCCAGCCAAUCACCACACAAUAGUGUGGUAUUGACAAGUCACAUAACUCCAGACCACUCCCCCCACAGCAGUGUGAUUCUACCAAGUAAUGUGUCAAGUGAACUUUCUACAAGCUUAGGAUUUACUUCCUCAUUAGAUAACUCAUCAGCCAGUGCGAGUAGUUUAGGAUCAGGAUUAAAUCACUCCACAGAUGAUUUACCAGUAACAGAUGUUCACAGGACCAGUCGUGCAAACAGCUUCACAAAGACAAUGUCAGAAGGGCGAUUAGAACAUUUCCACGGAAUGAAUAAAGGUAUCUCCUCCUCAGAAGGAACUGUAGACCAAAUAAACCAAUUAACAAUACAAAUAGACCAAUUAACUUCUGAUAUUGCAUCCAUGACAAGGCGGAACGGGGUCGAAAAUAAUUUAGAACCACCCCCCUUACCCAAUAAAAAAGUAAACAGACUGCCAUCUCAGUAUGAUAACGUGGAUGGGACAUGUGUGCAAUCCUUCUCGAGUACCAAUAGUAGUUCUUAUAGUCGUAAAUCCAGUAGUAUGGUGAGUACCACAGAACACAGGACGUCCACGUCCUCCAUGGGGAGCGGACACUCGGGAUUUCAGAAGACAAGUUCGUACGUACAGCAGACCAGUUCUCAGGAAUCCUAUUCUAGUUCUGAGACGUUUUCUAGUGCUAGCCAUUCUAGUCUGGAGAGUUUACCAAACAGACCACCGCCCUUACCGCCAAAGAAAAAGCACAUACAAGAUUACAUGCACUCCAUUGGAAAUUACACCCAGCCUGAGGUUGUGCCUGAUUGUAACUACUCCAGGCACUCCAUAAAUUUCUACGAAACUCAGUGGCACCAACACCAGAUUGAGCUUCACCACCAGAUGUAUCCACGAUCCAAUACUUUCAGUGUAAUCUCGGACAUUAGCUCCGACUCGUCGUUUAGCAGUAGCGCCCCCACCAGUCCUGCUAUCCCGCCGCUUCCAACCAAACGUAGAGACAGCGAGAAACGAGCCAGCCAGCUGUCUAAUCUGUCUGUUCAUUCAGACACAUCCAUGGAAUGUGCCAGAGAAAAAGCUAGCAGUGUGGUGGAGGGGCCAACCCAGCCCCCAGAGGGAGAGUUAAAACGAGCUUCUGCUCCCCCAGGCCAUGUAGUGAAGGAACCUGUGUCCCCAGUUUUGCCGAAAGUGGAAAUACCAAAGGAUUCGGACUCAGACUUUGCUGAACUUAAUCCCUUGGAUGAUAUUGAUGUGUCUGAUCAACUUAUCAAAAAGACUGAGGGUGAAGAAGGUCCAGAGAUCCGAGGGGGCCCAGUAGAUUCCCUAGUUGUCCACGCGACGUCAGUUGGAAAACAAGGCUCAGUGGAAGAUUUGACUGAUGAGGAGUUCAUGUAUCAGGAGGCUUUCUUGACCACCUACAGAACGUUCAUCCCACCACACGACCUGAUCGACAAACUCCUGUAUCGCUUCCACAAAUUCCACCAUGCCAGCGAGAGAAAGAAAAAAGUCGGCCGGAAUACCUUCUCUCUUCUUAUCAGGGUCAUUGAUGAACUGAGUCGAAAGGAGAUGGACCAGUCAACCAUAGAGAAAAUGAUGAAGCUUGUUUUUGAGCUUUUGUGUCAGGGAGAUCUUAUGCUAGCAAAAGUACUGAGGAAGAAAGUCAUAGAAAAGUGUGAAAGCAUAAAACCCACCCCUGAUCCAUUUUCUUCUAUGACAUUUACAUCCUCCAUAACGCUGAAGACCAGUCCAUCAGAUUUUCUGUUUUACAAGUCACAUGACAUUGCAGAACAAAUGACCCUUCUAGAUGCAGAGCUGUUCCAAAAAAUAGAGAUUCACGAAGUUUCACUGUGGGCAAGAGAACAAUCGGAAGAACUUAGUCCUAAUCUGACAGAGUUCACCGAGCAUUUCAACAAAAUGUCAUACUGGUGUCGAACCCAGAUUCUAACACAUGAUGAAGCCAAGGACAGAGAGAAAUAUUUCUUCAAGUUCAUCAAAAUCAUGAAGCAUUUACGGAAGUUAAACAACUUCAACUCGUAUCUUGCUAUUCUGUCAGCAGUGGAUUCUGCUCCAAUCAGAAGACUGGAAUGGCCCAGGCAAAAUUUAGAGGCAUUAAAAGAGUUUUGUCAGCUGAUUGACAGUUCUGGGUCAUUUAGAGCAUAUCGUCAGGCCCUCGCGGAAACAGAACCUCCCUGCAUACCAUACAUAGGUCUGAUUCUACAAGAUUUGACCUUCAUCAAUAUUGGUAACCAAGAUUUACUGCCUGAUGGGAGCAUUAACUUUGCUAAGCGAUGGCAACAGUUUAAUAUUCUAGACAAUAUGAGGAGGUUCAAAAAAUGCAAUUACCAGAUCAAAAGAAAUGAAAAACUGAUAAACUGUUUCAAUAACUUUGAUGACUAUCUCAGUGAAGAAAGUUUGUGGCAGAUAUCGGAAAAAAUUAAACCUCGUGGCGGGAACAAAAAACGACUGGAAUUUGACAGCUAAUAAGGACUGAGAGAUACCAAGUGGUGCUGUGAGCAGAACUCUGCUGAUUGCGUACAUACAGUGUACAAAGUGGUCAGACUCACAAGAACAAUUGUAAUUAUCAUACAGGGCUAUAUCAGACUAUAUAUUGCUAUACGCCAAUGCACAUCAUCAUCAUUUUGUAUUGUUUCAUUCAAGUUUUACAAUGAGGUGUUACGGCAAUUAUUACAUGCCAUAAGGACAGGCGAGUUGCAACACAAUAAAUGCCACAAAGAUAGGCAAGUUGUAGCUCAACAGAUCCAGGGCACUUGUUCAUUUAUAAGAUUAUGACGGCUGUGUGUAUGUAUUGUUAAUUUGCUAUGUUUGUUAAUCUGACCAGUCCCAGACUCUGGGGGGAUAAUGUGUUGCAGGUUAUUAAUGACUGUUACAGUGUGACCAUAGAAUGAAAGUCAAUUGGUUGUAUGAUUAUUUAUUCCACAAAGUUUUUCCUUGACCCCAUGUUAGGUUGAAGAAAAUGCAUCCAUUUUUUUGUUAGUUUGUUUUAUAUUUCAUAUUAAUACAGAUUAUUCUUACAAGAUGUCAACAAUUAAUUUAUGCCAUAUUUUGACACAUCAGAUAUAGAAAAUUCUGAGCUGUCAGAUUUGUAACAUGACAUAUGUAAAGAGAACAGAUUUGGUUAUCACUGUGCCAAAUGUUUUCUCUGGUGUGUAUUGUACAAGGAAUGAAAAACCUAUUGUUUUUAAUUUAUAGAGAUCUUUUUAUAUAUAUACAAGUGCUAUGAUACAAGUAGUUACACCAUUUUAGAACAUGACCAGUUGUAAUUUAUUUAAUGUAUAGCAAAGUUGCCGUAAUUCAAUAGUUGCAACAUUUUGCCUUUUGUGUCAUGUAGAGCGGACGUUGCUGUGGACACUAUGUUCUGUAGGCUGACCAGGUCAGCGGCUGUUACUUAGAUUGUACAUAGGAAAUAAUUUAUACAAAGUAGCAGCACACUAGAAUCGUUAUAUCAAUAUGAAGUGUCAAAUUCUCACUCUAUUCCCUAAUUAUGCCAACAUCAUCUUAUCUUAAAACCAUAGCACCAGUAUUACCAUUACAUGCAGUCUAUCUCAAAUAUUCAAUGUUAUCAUUAGUUAUUAUUUCUACUCAUUAGUGAUUUUAAAAUGAAAUGGUAUCUUGUAUUAAAUUCAUCAAGCAAAUCUAUGUUUACACCACACAAGUUGUAAAACUUGCAGGUCUUAUAGCUGAUCAGUACCUAAAUACUGUUGGUAUGUCUGUAAGUAUUGUUGGUUACUAGUAUAGGAAGAGGAUGUUUGUAGCCCAGGCUGGUAUUCAGACUGACCUGUUGUGUAUUGUUAUAGCUGAGUGAUAUAGUAUUUAAUGUAAAUAGUCACCCCUUAUCAAGUUAUAAGUAAAAACAUAAUAAAAGACAGAAAGACA